UUUGAGGCUGUCGAGGGCAGAGAUUUGGUCGUAGAGGUCGCACACGGUCUUCACCAGAAGAUUGCAGAAGAGGUUGAAGAGAAAGGCCGUCGUGAGGUCACUAUUUAUGGGGAGAAUGUGGGGGCCAUGAAGGAGACGAGGAUUGGCCAGUUGCCUGGUUCGAUGCUUUCUUUAAUAAUAUAUAGAAAGAAAUGGAGGGUGUAGUAUUAGUCUAUAGAGUAAUGGUUUGGCCAAUAAUUUGCCGCUUUGCUUGGUUCGUAUAGUUUAUUCUUCUUUCACUUUCAUGCCGUGUUAAGUGUCGAGCCCAAGGAAGAACUGUUGUUUCGAUGUAUCCAAUGAAGUGAAGGUGGUGAUUUAAAAUUUAC